UCACGUUCUCCAUAUCGACUUUCAAUGCCUGCUUCUCUCUGUAUGGCGCCGGUGUUUGAGUUUGAGCUGCUGUGUGGACUCGUUUCUGAGAUUUAACGGGCGAGACUGAGUGAACAUGGGCCGGCGUUCUUCAGACAGCGAGGAUGACAGCCGCAGUCGGAGAAAGAGGAAGCACAGACGGCGCUCCUCAUCCUCCUCCUCCAGCUCAUCAGGGAGCAGAGUGACGAGCCGCAGCAAACACUCCAGCAGGAGAAGUCGCUCCCGCUCCAGAGACCGAGAGCGAGAGAGAGACAGGGACCGAGACAGGAGGCGAAGGCACCGGUCUAGCAGCAGCUCAUCCAGAGGUUCCAGCCACAGGAGGCGGAGCCGCAGCACUGACAAGGGGCGGAGCCACAGAUCCCGGAGGUCUCGCUCCCGCAGCCGAAGGAGGUCUCGUUCCCGUCACCGCAGGUCCCGCAGUCGUAGUAGCGGCCGGUCCAGCAGGAGGCGCAGUCGCAGUCGGAGCCGAGACCGAGACCGCAGCCAGCGCAAGACCCGGGACAAAGAGAGAGAGAGAGACAGGGAAAGAGAGAGAGGACGGGACAGAGACCGUGAGAAAGAGAAAGAUGCAAAAGCCAAGGAAAAGGAAAAACAAGGGGACGUGGGGAACAUCAAAGCCGGAUUAGAACAUCUGACGCCAGCCGAGCAGGCCAAGGUGCGACUCCAGCUGGUGCUUCAGGCUGCAGCUAAAACAGAUGAAGUUCUGAAAGCGAAGGAAAAGAAAGAAGAGGAGGCGAAGAAGAUGAAAGAGGAAGAAGAGGCCUCUCUCGCCGAGCAGGUGAGGAGGAUAAAGGACAUCGAGGCCAUCGAGAGCGACUCCUUUGUUCCUCAGGCUUUCAAAUCAUCCCGGGACGCCACCAAGGUAACUGAACCUGUGGAAAUUAAGAAAGAGGCGGAGUCUGUCGACACCUGUGCCGCGAAAGACGAUGUCAUCUCUCUUCCCACUGCUAUCAAAUACAAUGACAGUGACACACUCGCUCACCACAGUUUGUUCCUGGAUAAAGAAGAAGCAGAGAAGUUGUGGCUGAAUCGACUGCUGUCUCUGCGGCAGGAGAGGCUGAUGGGGAGUCCAGUGCUCUGACCGAAACAUCUCAAGCCCACCGCCCAAAAACAUUCUGCCUUUUUCUUUUAACCACAUAAGAGUUUGUUUAAAGUAGAUGAGUUUAGAAAGGAUGUCGUUUGGAAAUGUAGAGUUAAGUGAGCAAUAUAUUGGUUUUCUAUGAGGAGAAAUCAGACAAAACAACUAGGCAGAAAGUAAAUGAAGUCAUAUCAUAGCUCAUUCUGAUGCUAAAAUUUUAAUAUUAAUGUUUCUACCUGGGAUUUUGUUACAAAAUAUUUGUUUCCAGAUAUGAAUUUCCAAAUAACAGCUUACUUUAUCCCCCUGUGUUUGCAUUCAGCUAAAUUGUAGCCUACCAGUGUGGAAAUACGUACAAUAUUUACAACGUCUGCAAUAAUUACUGAUUUAAUAUUAUUUCUGAUGAUUCAUAUUUCAGUUUAAGCGCAAGUUUCAGUCAUGUGACUAAGAGUGAGCCAAUCAGGUUUCUAGUAUUUGGGUCUCUUUUUUUUGUCUUUCCUUUUUUUUCUUUAUUUUAAUCAUUAUUUUUGUGAUCUGUUAGAUGCACAUGCUUCUCUAAUAUGACAAAAUAAAAGAGGAAGAAAAAAAUUUGUGUCAAAAUAAAACCUUUUUUAAAGAAAGUAAAAACCUUUUUUUUUAAAAAAACAUUUUUUUUAAUGUCACUGUACAGCAUAAUGAUGUUUAGUGGAUGUUCGGUGAAUGAUAAGGAGCACAAAUACCUGUUUUUGUGCUAAAGUGUGACGUUUGUCAUGUUUAUUCUGUUGUUUUGACUUUAUCAAAAAUAAAACAUCUUUCUGGAAGUGAUUAA